AUCCCGGGGUAAGAGAAUAGUAUCGUUCCGAUUUCCUCACUGUCUACGGUGAUCUUACGGUGAUCUUACGGUGAUCUUACGGUAUGCCGAUUGAGCUUCCUCGGUAUCGACGCCACUUUGAUUUGUCGGAUUGUUGAAGCCACUUCCAUGGCUUCGGCUUCGCUUCUUACUCCUCCGCCGGUGCCGGUGGAGCUUUACGUCACCAAUAGAGAAAAGUUGCUUAAGUCCUCACGCCAACACCUUGCCGAUUCCGCUCGUCCUCUCAAGGGCAUUGUGUUGCUUCAGGGAGGCGAUGAGCGAACGCGCUACGAUACGGACCAUCUUGAACUCUUCAGGCAAGAGAGUUAUUUUGCUUAUCUGUUUGGAGUGAUAGAGCCUGGAUUCUUUGGCGCUAUUGACAUUGCCAGUGGAAAGUCAAUUCUGUUCGCUCCAAAGCUGCCUUCUGAUUAUGCUGUAUGGUCGGGAGAAAUAAAGCCUUUGUCAUAUUUCAAGGAAAAAUAUGCGGUCAGUAUGGCAUACUAUACAGAUGAAAUUGCAGCUAUUUUGCACGAACAAUACCAGGAGUUGGAGAAACCUUUACUAUUUCUCUUACGUGGGUUGAAUACUGACAGCAACAAUUUUUCAGUACCCGCAAAUUUUGAGGGUAUUGACACGUUUGAAAUUGAUUUGAAUACCUUGCAUCCUAUUUUGACUGAAUGUCGUGUUGUGAAAUCGGAGCUGGAGCUUGCUCUUAUUCAAUUUGCCAACGAUAUUAGCUCAGAAGCUCAUGUUCAGGUUAUGAAAAAUAUCAAGGCGGGCAUGAAAGAAUAUCAAUUGGAAAGCUUAUUUCUUCACCACACUUACAUGUAUGGUGGAUGUAGGCACUGCUCAUACACUUGUAUAUGUGCCACUGGAGAAAAUAGUGCUGUUCUUCACUAUGGACAUGCGGCAGCUCCAAAUGACAGAACGUUGGAAGAUGGUGAUAUGGCUUUGUUUGAUAUGGGAGCAGAAUACCAGUUUUAUGCAUCUGACAUUACUUGUUCAUUCCCAGUGAACGGUAAAUUUACAAAUGAUCAAUCGCUGAUAUAUAACGCUGUCCUCAAGGCUCACGAUUCUGUUAUAUCGGUUAUGAAACCGGGAAUAAACUGGGUUGAAAUGCACAAAUUAGCCGAGAAGACUAUUCUUGAGUCAUUGACCGAGGGUUCUGUACUUGUUGGAGAUGUGAAGGACAUGAUAGUUGAGCAUCUUGGGGCUGUAUUCAUGCCACAUGGUUUGGGACAUUUCCUUGGUAUCGAUACUCAUGAUCCUGGAGGUUACUUGCAGGGUUUGGAGAGGCCUAAAGAACCAGGGCUAAAUUCUUUACGUACAGUCCGUAAUCUUAAAGAAGGAAUGGUCAUUACUGUGGAACCCGGAUGCUACUUCAUUGAUGCAUUACUAGACCCGGCCCUGGAGAAUAGCAAAACUUCCAAGUUUUUCAAUGUCAAAGCACUGAACAGAUUUAGAGGCUUUGGUGGUGUUCGAAUUGAAAGUGAUGUGCUAGUCACUGCCAAUGGCUGCAGGAACAUGUCAAAUUGUCCUCGAGAAACACCGGAAAUAGAGGCAGUUAUGGCCGGAGGUCCAUGGCCAAUUGUCAAAAAAUCUGCCGCCGCCGAGUAGGGUAGUCGUCAGUCGUUAUAUAGUAAAUAAAAAGUGCUGCGCCGGGAAUGUCAUUCCAGUGGUGUUCUUGAGUUAGUUGCAUGCGCUGCGUCCAGUACUCGACUGGCAUCAGGUGCUCCUGCAUCCCCCAUUUUACCCUUAUGUUCUAAACUAAACUCUCUGACCUGAAUUCAGUUCUUAGACAAAAGUUAUUUAUCUCCAAUAAUAAUAAUUAUAUCUAGAAUAAA